AUGGUUCAAGAUGCAUUUCCAUCUCAAUAUAAUGAUCAGGUUACAGAAGAUCCGAUGAAUGAGGCAUCGAAAAAGUUUUUCGAUCUAUUAGAGGCUGCAAACCAACCUAUUUAUGAGGGUUGUAAAGAAGGGCUUUCUCAACUAUCGGCUUCUGCUAGAUUGAUGGGGAUGAAGACGAGUUAUAAUCUUACAGAGAACUGCAUGAAUGAACGAAAAGCUGAAAUGGUUCCUAAUGCCGGAGGGCAUGUGCAUACAUCGGGAGCUAAGCCUUUCAGUCGUGUUAUGCAUGAAAUGGCUAAAAAAAGUGAAGCGCCAACGUUGCUAGAUCUGUUGAAAGCAACGCAUACACGAAAAGAUGGUGUGAUGGUUGACGGAAAAGCGCAACAAAUCGCGUCACAAAUUCAACAUGAGAUUAUUGCGUCGCAACCAACACAAGGCGAAGCUUCUGCAUCGGAACCUAAUUUGCCGAAGGAGAAAAUUGAUGAGAUAUAUCUUCAGGUUGUUCCACCGAACAAAUUUGGACGGAUAUACGGUCUCGGUUCAAUGCAAACCGAUAUCACAUAUCAUCCUGGUGAAGAUGCUCCUUCAACUGCUCAGGAAACGCUUUCACUCGCACGACGAGUGCGACAAUUAGAGGAGCAGCAAGCUGAACUUCUUCGGCAACAAGCGGAAUUCUUGCGUCGACAAGAAGAAGAUCGAAAACUCAUUGAAGAACUACGAGUGCAAGCAGAAUUUUUCAAUGAGUUUCAAACCCGAGGAUUUCCGAGCUUCGCAAGCGGUGGACAAGGAAGCGGUGGCGGUGGCGGUGGCGGUGGCGACGGCGAUGAAGCCCAUUAUGACGGGCAAAAUCAAAAUUAA